CCUUUAAAUCUGCUCUCUUCCCUAACCAUUUCUACAACCCAACUCCAAACUCUCCGCAAGAGAGAGAGAUGGCUCAGAAGAACACCAUGUACGUAGAACAAGCCACAGAAACCUUAGAGAAGGGUGAUAUCCGCAAGAACUUUGAUGAUGAUGGUCGCGUUAAAAGAACUGGAACUUUGCUGACUGCAAGUGCACAUAUUAUAACUGCUGUGAUUGGGUCUGGAGUGCUCUCUCUAGCAUGGGCUAUAGCUCAGUUGGGUUGGGUAGCUGGACCAGCUGUUCUCAUGGCCUUCUCUUUCAUCACAUAUUUCACUUCCACCCUCCUCGCCGAUUGUUAUAGGUCUCCGGACCCCGUCACCGGCAAGAGAAACUACACCUACAUGGACGUUGUGAGAGCUCACUUGGGAGGCGUGAAGGUUCAGCUAUGUGGACUAGCUCAGUAUGGAAACCUCGUAGGGGUGACUAUUGGAUACACAAUAACAUCAUCAAUCAGUAUGGUGGCCGUCAAGAGGUCAAAUUGUUUCCACAAACAUGGCCAUCAUGUGAAGUGCUCAAUCUCGAACUAUCCCUUCAUGAUAAUCUUUGCCACCAUCCAGAUUCUUCUGAGUCAAAUACCUAACUUCCACAAGCUCUCAUGGCUCUCUAUUCUAGCAGCUGUCAUGUCUUUUGCUUAUUCCUCCAUUGGUCUUGGACUCUCCAUAGCCAAGGUUGCAGAUAAUGGACAUGCGAGGACAGCCCUAACAGGGGUGACAGUGGGGGUGGACGUGUCAGCAUCAGAGAAGGUUUGGAGAACCUUCCAAGCCAUUGGAGAUAUAGCCUUUGCUUAUGCCUACUCCACCGUCCUGAUUGAAAUACAGGUAAGCCAAUUCUAUCGUCUUCUGUUACUGGUUUUUUUUGGGUUAGUUAUCUUCUUCUCUGUUACUGUGCAUUAAAUAUGUUGUUUUCACAUUGCAUGUGACAUACGUACAUGGCAUGUUGGAUCCAUGCAGAGUCCUAUAUUCGGAGCAGAAAAAUCUAAAGCUGAUCCUCUGUCUAAUACGUAUAUAUAUACUUGAAAUGUGUGCCUUAUUAAAUGAAUAGCACACUGUUUGCUCUUAUGGACCCUGUUAAUACACAGAUAAAAGCUAUAUAUAUAUAUAUAUAUAUGUUUGUGUGUGUGUUUAU